AGUGUACUGGCUACACUUUUCUGCUGUGGCUGUCUGGUUGUCAAACAAAGAGAAAAUACCUAUUUUUUCCUAAAAUCUAUUGUAUUUUGAGCUAUCUAUUAAUUUUACGUGUUGAGAUCGCAUAAUCAACCAGACAAACUGGAUUGAAGAUAAUGAUGGAUUCGGACUCGUCCGGCGCAGACUUCUGCCGAUUCUGUCGCUCGGAAGCUUCGUCCGAUAGGCCGCUAUUCCAUCCAUGCAUCUGCACUGGCUCAAUAAAAUGGAUUCACCAGGAGUGUUUGGUGCAGUGGAUGCGGUACUCCAGGAAGGAAAUUUGCGAAUUAUGCGGCCACCGGUUUUCGUUUAUGCCGAUUUAUUCGCCGGAUAUGCCGCGCAGACUUCCUAUUCGUGAUGUAGUCGGCGGCCUGGUAACAUCCGUGGCAUCCGCCGUCAAGGACUGGCUGCACUACACUCUGGUGGCUCUGGCCUGGCUGGGGAUUGUGCCCCUCACUGCUUGUAGGACCUACCGCUGCCUCUUCUCGGGAUCUCUAGACCCAGUCAUUUCGCUACCAUUUGACAUAGUGUCGGCAGAGAACCUUGCCAAGGAUGUGUUUUCUGGUUGUUUUGUUGUAACCUGUACACUAUUCUCAUUUAUUGGUCUUGUCUGGCUAAGAGAACAAAUAAUGCAUGGUGGAGGCCCUGACUGGAUGGAAAGAGAGAACCUGCCAGCCCCACCCCCUGAGGACAUACCCCUGCAGGAUAACAACAACGACAGAGUCCAUGAUGGAGCUGGAGAUGCUGAUGUUGGGGCUCGGGACGAAGUGAAUGGGGAAGUUGCCGAAGACCCUUUAGUGGGAGAUGAAGCAAAUUGGAACCCCAUGGAGUGGGACCGUGCCGCUGCUGAAGAGCUAACCUGGGCCCGCCUCCUUGGAUUGGAUGGGUCCAUGGUAUUUCUGGAACAUGUAUUCUGGGUAGUUUCCUUGAAUACUUUGUUCAUAGUGGUGUUUGCCUUCUGUCCUUACCACAUAGGACGAUUGGGGGCUGCACUAGCUGGACUGACUGCCGAAGGUCCAUUUGCAGGUCCUCUGACUGCUCUGGCAGGGUAUGUGUUAGUGGGGGCAAUCCUGGCAGUGCUUCAUGGCUUGGUGUCUCUGCUGCGGCUGCGAGGAGCUAAGAAGGCUCUUGGAUUCUGUUAUGUUGUUGUGAAGGUGGCUCUUCUGUCUGUUGUUGAGAUCGGAGUAAUUCCCCUCGUAUGCGGCUGGUGGCUCGACCUAUGUUCUCUCUCAAUGUUUGACGCCACGCUCAAAGACCGUGAGGCAAGCCUGCAAGCGGCCCCCUGGACCCUCAUGUUCAUACACUGGCUCGUCGGCAUGGUCUACGUCUACUACUUCGCGUCUUUCAUUCUUCUGCUAAGAGAAGUCUUAAGGCCGGGCGUCCUAUGGUUCUUGAAGAAUUUGAAUGAUCCCGACUUCAGUCCUGUCCAGGAAAUGAUCCACUUAUCAGUGUGGUCUCACAUCCGACGUCUGGUGGUAUCGGCCAUGAUCUUCGGAACAGCUGUCCUCUUCAUGCUAUGGCUUCCAAUCAGGGUCAUCAAGUAUGUGCUACCAGGUUUCCUACCUUACGCCGUAGCUGUUCACACUGAAGCACCAGUCAACGAACUCAGCUUGGAACUUCUUCUACUUCAGCUACAUAUGCACGUAUUUGUACAACUGAGCAUCCAGGUGAUCCUGCCGGCGUUGCUAGAGCAGUCGCACACUCGCACUUGGCUGAAGGCGGGGGUCCGCGCCUGGUGCGCGUGCGCAGCGGGCGCGUUAGGCCUGCGCUCCUACUUGCUCGGGGAAGCUAGACACGACUUACCUCAGCCGCACCCGCCCCGCCCGCCUCACCAGCUCGGCGCUGCUCAUCAGGCACUAAUGCGUCGUGACGGCCCAGCUGGUUUCGAGCCCUACGUCCGUGUAUCAUGGUUCCCAGUGCGACUGGGCGCUUUACUUAUCCUCGUCUCUAUAUCGCUGGUACUGGCUAGCGCACUCACUCUUGUAAUCCCUGUCGCCAUUGGAAGAAAAGUAAUGACCGUUUGGCUUCCGAAGGCUUCUGAAGGGGUUCACGAACUCUACACUGCUGCUUGCGGUAUGUACGUGUGCUGGGCGGUGGGGCGGGGCGGCACGCUGGCGGCGGGCUGGGCGCGCGGCGGCCGCGCCAUGCUGGCGGCGCGCGCCGCGCUGUGGGCGCGUCUGGCCGCGCGCGCCGCGCUCGCCGCGCUCGCGCUGCUCGGCCUCGUGCCGCUCAUGUUCGGACUGCUGUUGGAGCUGGUGUUGGUGAUUCCGCUUCGCGUUCCUCUAGAGCAGUCCCCCGUCCUGUUCGUUUGGCAGGACUGGGCUUUAGGCGUAUUGUACACUAAGAUAGUGUGCGCGCUGACUAUGAUGGGUCCCGACUGGGCCAUGCGGCGAGCCAUCGAGAAGGCCUACCGCGACGGAAUACGGGAGAUGGACCUCAAGUUCAUCCUGCGCUCGGUGGCGGCGCCGUGCGUGUGCUGGCUGGGGCUGGCGCUGGCGGUGCCGUACGCCUUCGCGCACAGCGUGGCGCCGCUGCUGCUGGCCUCGGCGGCGCAGCGCAACCUGCUCGCGCGCCGCGUCUACCCCGCGCUGCUGCUCGUCGCCGUGCUGGCCGCGCUCACCGUCUUCCAGGUCCGCCAGUUCCGCAAGCUGUACGAGCACAUAAAGAACGACAAGUACCUCGUGGGCCAGCGGCUCGUCAACUACGACCACCGGCGGCACAAACAACAGCAGAGCACCGUCCCCGCCAACUGAACAUGACGUCAUAACCCUGACGUCACCCGUGACGAGGCGUGUGAUAGACAACUACGAUCUCUGUAAUUAUACCCUUCUUAUAAGCGAAACUUGAUUUUAAAUAGGAAUUUUCAAUGGCAACUUAUUACCUCGCUAAGUAAUCUUUUUAAACUAUUUCUUGAGGAAACAGUAAUAAAAAUAAUACAGUCACGAACGAGGUGUCAGCGAGCAUUUUAAUGAUGUUAUCCUAUCUAUACUAUACGAUUUAGUAUUGUUAUAAUGCUUGCUAGAAAUGAUCGAAGUACCACAAUUUCACGGUACACUUAUUUGAAUUAGUCAAUAUUCACUAUCUUGUAAAUAAAAAAAUGUUUUAGCCACUAAACUUUUAACCUAGUAAUAUUGGCAUUCCUUGUAUAGACUUUUAGAUCUCAUAGUAGCCACGUAAAUGUAUUGGAGCCGAACUAGGCAAUAGAUUGCGAACCGUCUCUUCACACCGCCUCUGUCACGAAUCGAUAUAUUUUAUUAUUAUAGGUAUCGAUAACUACUCGAUUUAUUUUGACUACUCUUAAAACAUGUGGAACGUUUACCAAAAAUGGCUAAAGAGCAAUAAUUGUUAAUGCGAAGCGAUUAAUCGCUAAUCGCCUAAGGAAGUUUAGUCGAUAAUUUUAAAUGAUAUGUACGAUGCUUAAUAGUGAAUUCGUUUUCAGUAAAUGUUAAUUAUUUUAAGUCGCUGGUCAUUCUCGUCUGAACUUUAGUCGAUUAGACAUGAAUCGUUCGCAAAUGUCAGGCAAUCGGCAUGAAAAUUAUUUUUUAUGUAAAAAGAAUAUGAAUAUUUGAAAAGACAAGAAAGUGAGAGAAUCUGGCUUUGUAUUGACACAUUUUAUCGCCACAUGUAACUUAAGUACAAUUUUAAUGGGAGCGCUAUUCUGCAGCAUUUAUCAAUACAAUAUAUUGCGUUUUUAAUAUUUUCAUAUGAAAUAAUACAGCUUAAUUUCGAUAUUAUUCGGGAAUGUACGCCAUUCAAUUUAAGUGAAUUAGCAAUUUUAAUAUAUUUUGGAUUUUAUCUCUAUUUUUCUAUUUAACUUGAAGUGCGCUCCCGAACAGCAUUUCUUCUAUAUAAGGCGCUAUAUCAUUGUGCAAGUAACUUGCACGCGAUGUAUCCGAAUCACACAUUUUCUUAUAUUUAUUAACUAAUUUUAUUGUUUUAUCGCCUUCAGUGUUUCGAAGGUGCUGGUGUUCAUUUCAAAUGUAUUUUAUUAAGUUAUAAUAAAUGCCUCUAUUGUGAUAUUAUAUCGUUUAUUGGUAAUGAUCCUUUCUUACGCUCAUGUUACUUGCACAGUUUUAUAAUACAGGUCAGACGUAUGAAGGCGUCGUCCAAUUUCAAUUUAGUAACAGCAAAAAUCAAUAUUUAACCAUCUCAACAAGAAAUGAUUUUAAAAGUAUACCAAAAAUCUGAAAGAAUUAUAUUUUUUUAAUCCUCUAACAUUAUUCUGGAACUUUUUGCUGUGAUUAAUUUGAAAUAUGAAACAGUGGAUUUUGAGGUCAAAUUGCUUGGACAUAUAGCGUAUAGGCUGAUGGCCGUGUUUCCAUCGAUGACUCGAUGAGUAGCGAGAUGAGAACCAAUAUAAGUAAUUAAUUAUAUCAUUGACACAAUUCUUGAGAGUCUCUGCAUCAAUAUAUGUAGUGUUAUAAAGCAGUUGAAUUCUUGGUUCUGGGUAACUGUAUGGUUUAGUACUGGAUGCGUUCACGAUGGAAACACAGCCUAAUUCAAACCAGUUUGAAUGUUCUUGAAUAUCUUAGUUUGUGCUAGCCAUCACAUUUUAUCUUAAAGUUUUAUCUUUUAGUAUAGUUUAGAUUAACUUCCAAUAUUACGCUUCGUGUUGUCAUCUAUCGGUAGCACACUGAAUACUUAUAUUUCUGAAAAAUAUCUUAUUUCAUAAUUUUCCUUUUUAUGACUAAUAUGGUGUCACAAUCACAAGUACUGUUCAUCUGGCGUCAUAGAAAACGCCUAUAAUCGUUCUAGAAUCACCCCUCAGCAUUUUCUGCGAAUAUUUUUAACUCUGAAAAUAUACUAUUUUUAUAAAAAACAUUGGAUAUUUGUUCGCAAAAUUUCUUACCUAUUCGAAGUGCUUAUAGUUUAAAAAAUGAGUUAAAGGGUGAUUUGGCUAUCGUUGUAGGCAGUUUCCUAGUGUGACAAUUUGUAUUUUAGUUUGGCACAAUGUCUAUUGCGCUCUGAAUAUAAUUUGAAUGUAAGGGUUUCAGGAACUACAAAGGUAUUAACAAUGAUUGCAAUCUGUGACUGUUAUGGAAAUCAUCAAGUUGCUGUCAAAUAUCUAGGUCUUAGGACGAGCUACCAACUGAAGCGGUUUUAUUUAUACGCCCUGCUCGUUGGCUCCAACAAUAGCCAACAUUGCUACAACAUAAUAAGAGGAAUGAAUUGAAUUGUUCUUACAUGUCAAGGGAAUCCACAGCGUUCGACAAACGUUGGCAGUGUUGGCACCAACGUGUGGACCUGGGAGUUUAGCUUAAAACUUACUAAUAUUUUGUCUACUUGUUAAUCUUCCUGUUACUAGUUAAUUUAAUUACAAUCAACGUCUUGGUAUAUUUUGGAACUAAUCUUCUGGUAAGGGAUACAAUAUUCGAAUUAUAUUUUUUUAAUAUUAAUUUGUACGAGCAUUGGCGGAAUUGGGUCUACCUUUUCAAACAUUUGAACCGAUGAAAGAAGCGUCUGCCUAAUUACGAGGAAUAUUUUUCGUUACAAAUUUUAAUUGGUGGAAUUAGCAAAAUUUAUUUUUUACUUUAAUUCCUAGCUGUUAAGUAGUUUUAUAUAAACCUUAUUUAUUGUACACUGCUCAAUCUUAUAUGUGUUUUUCUUUUUAAAAUAAUCGUUUUGUUUUUAAACACUGGGGUCUAUCCUCAAACUAUUCUCUAAAAUUGUUGUACGCAUUCAACUUAACAGAUACAUCAUAUUUUAAGAUAUGGUUUGCUCUUCAUAAUAUAUUAUUAAACUACUUUUAAAGUGGUUUUGAUCAUUUGCCUUUUUAGCAUAAAUGUCCGAUUUCGAGAAUAGACCUCUCUCGGUAUUUAAUUAUUCGUUUUACUUUUCGCUACAAGUCUGUCGUAUCCACGUUUUCUAUGAAAAUUGAAAUGGUAAUUGACUGGCGUAGUAUUUUAUUUCAGUUUCAUGAUUGUAAUUAUCGAUGGUGAAUUAAAUAUGACUUAGUUGACAGUAGAUACAGGCAAUAAGCAAUUUGUAAACAAAUAAAAUAAAUAUUGAAA